GAGAGGUACAAAUCCGCUUCUACUCCUCAUUCCAGCGUCAAGACAUUUCCACCUACCCAAGUUCGGGACAGGAGUGAAAGCUUCAACGGUUACACACACCACAAGGGGAAAGUCUACGCACAUCAACGCAGAUUCGUAUCAUGGACCGCUCCAAGGUCUACCUUAGCUGGGAGGUGGACGGCAAAUUUCAUAGUGAUGGCCGCGAAGUUGCCCUGCUCGAGUCCAUCUACAGCCGUCCCGACAUCGACCAGCUGCGCGGGAACCCACAAAAGGUCCUACAGGCCAUCGACGACUUUGCCCGCUCUGUCACCGGCCUGAUCAACAUUGGCGAGACCAAAGGCGCUGUUGUCACGAAACUCAUUACCGACUAUAAGCCUGACUCCAUCCUCGAGCUGGGCGGCUAUGUCGGCUACUCUGCCAUCAUGUUCGGUGACGCCCUGAGAAAGGCUGGCGGAAAGCAAUACCAUAGCGUCGAGAAAAGCCCCCUCUUUGCCGCUGUUGCCGCAAGUCUCGUCGACUUGGCUGGCCUCAGGGAUGUCGUCAGAAUCACUGUUGGCACUGGUGCUGAGGGUAUCCAACGUCUUUACGAUUCAGGCGCGCUCAAGUCCCAGCUUGCCAUGGCUUUCUUUGACCAUCACAAGCCAAGCUACACCAGUGAUCUCAAGCGAUGUGAGAGACUCGGUCUUGUCGGCCCAGGCACCGUCUUGGUUGCCGACAACAUGAUCCUACCGGGAAACCCGCCAUAUGCUGAGUGGGUCAGAGCCAGUGUUGCCGAGAAGCAAGAGCUUGACAAGAAUUCCGAAGAGAAGGGAAAUCCGAAUCUGCAAUACAACAGCAGGUCUAUCAAGAGCUGGGAGCCGAGUGGCAAUGAGGAUGCUCUGGAGAUUACUGAGUGCGUGGGCGUUAAAGCUUGAAUCAAGUCUCCUAUACACCCAUUUGACGUUGACACCCAUGGUCUCGGGAAUAACGCGGUUGAUCACUGCAGAAACCUGUGAAGGGGGAGAGAGACUCGCCAGCCAGCCACAAACCCCAGAUUCAGCUGUCCACAAUGGGAUAUCACACCUCAGACAUGCUUGUUGAGGCGUUAGACGCUACUUUUUUCUGGAACAUUACGGUUCAGCCCGCCUCUUCAUCGGGCUACCGCUCAAUGGAGCUACAGCUGCUUUCUUAGUGAGUGGAUGACCGGGUUGGCUCUAGCAUGAGCCGCGCAAGACACUCUGGCACAAGGGUCCAAGACACACGAUAAUUCAUUGUUAGAGUAUCCGAGAACUUGUGUUGUGUUUUCAUGCUUCAUUGGUCAACGAUUGAAACCGCGAGAAUCAUGGCUACCUGUGA